AUGUGGCUCAGGGUCUUGAUGGCUCUCCUUUCCUUUGUGGCAGGUGCUUGCUCGGGGCUGAAGGUGGCAGUGCCAUCGCACACCAUCCAUGGCAUCAGGGGUCAAGCCCUCUACCUCCCUGUGCACUAUGGAUUCCACACACAGGCAUCAGACAUCCAGAUCAUAUGGCUGUUUGAGAGACCCCACACGAUGCCCAAAUACUUACUGGGCUCUGUGAACAAGUCUGUGGUUCCUGACUUGGAAUACCAACACAAGUUCACCAUGAUGCCACCCAAUGCAUCUCUGCUCAUCAACCCGCUGCAGUUCACUGACGAAGGCAAUUACAUCGUGAAGGUCAACAUUCAGGGAAAUGGAACUCUAUCAGCUAGUCAGAAGAUACGAGUCACCGUUGAUGACCCUGUCACGAAACCGGUGGUGCAGACUCAGCCUUCCUCUGGGGCUGUGGAGUACGUGGAGAACAUGACCCUGACGUGCAUUGUGGAAGGGGGCACCCGACUGGUUUACCAGUGGCUAAAAAAUGGGAGGCCUGUACACACCACCUCCACCAACUCCUUUUCUCCCCAAAACAACACCCUUCAUAUUGCUCCAGUGACCAAAGAAGACAUUGGGAAUUACAGUUGCCUGGUGAAGAACCCUGUCAGUGAGAUGGAAAGUGACAUCAUUAUGCCCAUCAUAUAUUAUGGACCUUAUGGACUUCGAGUUAAUUCUGAUAAAGGGCUAAAAGUAGGGGAAGUGUUUACUGUUGACAUUGGAGAAGCCAUCUUGUUUGAUUGUUCUGCUGAUUCUUAUCCUCCCAACACCUACUCCUGGAUCAGGAGGACUGACAAUACCACAUAUGUCAUUAAGCACGGGCCUCGCUUAGAAGUUACAUCUGAGAAAGUAGCCCAGAAGACAACUGACUAUGUAUGCUGUGCUUACAACAACGUAACUGGAAGGCAAGAUGAAACUCGUUUUACAGUCAUCAUCACUUCUGUAGGAUUGGAGAAGCUUUCACAAAAAGGGAAAUCAUUGUCUCCUUUAGCAAGUAUAACUGGAAUAUCACUCUUCUUGAUUAUUUCCAUGUGUCUUCUCCUCCUAUGGAAAAAAUAUCAACCCUACAAAGGCCAGAAAUGGAAUACAGGAAAGCUCGAACAUUCUCAGGCCAUGAAGAUGCUCUGGAUGACUUCGGAAUAUAUGAAUUUGUUGCUUUUCCAGAUGCUUCUGGUGUUCCCAGGAUGCCAAGGUCUAUUCCAGCCUCCGAUGGUGUAUCAGGGCAAGAUUUGCACAGUACAAUUUACGAAGUUAUUCAACACAUCCCUGCCCAACAGCAGGACCACCCAGAGUGAGCAUUCAUGGGCAAAGCAAUGCAUUGGAGUGAAAUAAUGAAGGAAUAUUUUGAGGAAACACAGUGAAAAUGUAUAUUCAUCCGGAAUCAGUACAGAAAUCAAGCCCAAUACCUCUUACUCAUUACUCCUUUGAAAUGCAGGAUAAAGUCAUGUAUAAAAACUGGACUGCAGUUUUUCCAAUACACACGAUGCAUUGUGCUACAAAGGAGGGAGUUUGGUGGGGAAAUAGUCCUCAGUGAACAGUCUUGUCAUGCUGACUGGGAGGAAGAAAAGGACGGGACUUUCCACUUACUCUUUUUGUAUCAAGUUUCUCUAAAAAGCUCAGUUAGUUCUAAUCUAUACUCUCACUUUCAUCAACAUUGACACUAUCCUAUCUAACCUACAAAUGUGGAAACUUCAUAUUUGUAAAAUUUUCAGCAAGCUUUGUUUUAUUAAAUUCUCAUUACUGUUAAGAUUGCCAUACUUAUUUGUUUAUUUCAUUCCCAAAUUUCCUUCUUGCUAUUUGUACCAUAGAAUAAUAAGGAUGGUUGUCACAAAAGCGAGACUGUGCCUUCUCCUAGCUUGUCAAUCAUCAAUGGCGUUUUUGAAAAGGCUUGUAAAACA